AUGACCUUCCUGUUUUGCAAGUGGUUGAUAGCCACCAAUAUCGUCACUCGACGUAGGAGAAUAUCAGAUUCAGAGGAAGAGGUAGCUCCACGGCAAGCAACAGAAGUGACCUGUGAAGCUGUGAUGUCGCCCCGAGGAAAAGAAGCUGCUGAAUCCUCGAGAAAAGGAAAGGAACCGGCCUGCCCAACCGACAGUGAAGAAGAGUUUGAUAGUGAAGAAAUUGAAACUUCUGAGGGGACGGGUGAGGCUGAUUCAAGUUCUGAGGAAGCAGCUGGCCUCCCCGAUUCCUUCUUUGAGAGGGGACUUGUGCGCCCAUCUGCUGCGCCUGCCCAACCACAGGAUGCUCCAAAAAAAAGAAGAGAGAGAGUAGUCAUGACCCAUCCCAACCGGAUGACGGUAGAGGUCCUCAGCGGAGAUGAAGAGGAUACAGUGCCUCUUGCUCAUAGGCAAAGAUCUCAAUCUUCCACUCAGGCUCAAACUCAGAUUCCUCCCGGAACUGAAUUACGCACCAAACGUCGUCACGAAGGUUCUGAAGCACGUCCACCGAAGAGACAAAAAAAUGUUGUCUCUAAGCCACGCGUUCAUCUUCCUGUUCUAGAGGAGACGUCUGGUCGUAGUGCUUCUUCUGAUGUUGUCUCUAAGCCACGCGUUCAUCUUCCUGUUCUAGAGGAGACGUCUGGUCGUAGUGCUUCUUCUGAUGAACAAGGGAGUCAAGAAGAGGGAGAAAAUCGAGUUGAAGCUGUUUCUCCUGGUGGUAUGGAGACUGAGGAAACCAGCUUCGUCCAACAAAUGCAGGACGCUCUGAAGGAAGGACCAGCUAGCGUUCCACCAAUCUCUGACAUUGAUCCAUUAGCUUCAAACACAGUUAAACUAAAAGAAGCGGGUGCAAGUAGUGGAGCUCUCGACUCUGUCCCCGUCAACGAAGGACCAGUCAUUAGAACUGAUACAGCUAUAAUCACUGGGACGUCUGAUACAUCGGAGGGUCGUGACCUCGUGCCAUGGGUGGGAACUGAGUUUGAUUUGCAAUCAUCAGUUCUCGAAUCUCAACCUGCUACUCCUAUGGACCCCAUGAUGAUAGAAGUCACCGUCACUCCCCAAAUUAGUCCGGUUGCAACAAAAGCGAGACCAACUGAAGAAGUUGGUACGUCGGCCGAUGUUGUGCCUAGAGUUGAAUCCCCUCUUAAGGAGCCUAUUAACUUGGACCCGAAGUUCUCUGAAGUUGAGAUUGAAAAAUCUUCUGACGUAGCAGGUACGUCAAAGGCUGUCAGUCCUGAACCAACUUUGGCUGUUCAGGAGGCCGGACUACCACUAUUGGGUGAACAAAGUCAUGCUGAAGGCUCUUCUGUUAAAUUUGCUCCUCCUUCAUCAUUAUCAGACCGCAUACAAGCAUUAUUGGCGGACGAAGACCCCGAUAAAGCUGUCAUUUGUUCUGAUCUCCAAGGCUUUGUCCAUUUUUUGAAUACCAUGAUCGAUCGCAUUCUCUUCAUAGGGUCACCUUUUGAGAAUUUUAAAAGACCUCUUGAUCACUACAUAUCGGAAAUUAGAGAGGAAGGAUAUGGUGAGUUAGCCGAUUUGCUCAGUGCUUAUUUGGUCGACUUGAGGCAACAUGUUGAACUUCUGAAGGAUUUCCGCACCAAAGGCGUACCCUCCUAUAUCGCUUCUCAAAUGGACUCCAGGUUGCAAGUGUGGCGCGAUUCUCAAACAUCUGCUAACUCUGAACUCCAAAAGCUAAGAGCCCGCAGUAAUCAACUUAGGGUGAGUGUUGGCAGAAAAACACAAGCCAAGGUCAAUCGGUAUCGGGACUUAGAGUCGAGUCAGGCUGAGAUAGCUCGCUUGGAAGAACAACUUGCAAAGGCCAAUGAUGCUCACGAAAUUUUGGAGUCCGAUUUGGCAAAAAUAACUCAAGCUGAAGAAAGCUUAUUUCAGCAACUGAAUAUUCAGGAUCAGAUACUUGCUGAGAAGGAGCGAGAGGUCGCCGAACUUCAGAGUGUUGAUGAAGAAGCUUUCAAAGUUAAAUUGACGGCUAAGCUUGAACAUGCUUAUGCGUUAGAGCUUUCAAAACUUGAAGAUCAGAUUAAUACUCUGGAGGCUGGUGCAUAUAAUUUGCGUGUAAUUGACAUGCUUGACAUCGUUGGGCAUACUCAGCUGCGUCCUUUAUCAUAG